AUGGACAACAAAAAAAUCCCGAUGUAUGGAUUUGUUCUAACGGAUCUAAAGGAACUCAAUGAAAGAAACAAUGACUUUACUCAUUAUACAGAUGUCAUGGGAAUACUGGUGGGUAUAUCAGAAUCAACAUUUGGAUCCCAAACAUCUAACCAGUCUGCAAUUACAAGGGAAAUUUUAAUACAUGAUGGAUACGGAAACUUGACUAGAGUUACUCUCUGGGGAGAUGCUGCUAGACAAAUCAAAGAAAAAUAUUUAGAUGAUACCGACAGAUACAUCGUUCUGAUAAUCACUUCAACCCUGGUGGAGAAAUUUAAUAAUAUGUAUUGUCUUUCCACUAAAAUUGCUACAAAAAUAUUUGUGGAUUUGGCCAUACCAGAAGUAGAUGACAUGCGAAACAGAUGUGGACCUUACUUGCCAGUAAAGCUUAUUGAUUAUGAAAGGAAGCAAGAAAAACCAAUAGAAGAAAUGCUUUUUCAAAAAAGAAUGACGCUACGAGAAGGAUGCAUAUUAAUCCACAAUGAAGAUAAUUUGUGCAAUUCAAUGGAAAACACGAGCUUAACUGGAAGAGAAUGGGGUGUCCCAUGUGAUUGCACGAUCAAAACACAUGUACCAAGGUACAAGUUAGAAUUACGAAUACAUGAUGAAUCUGGAACUGGGACUGGAACAUUUGUUAUCGUGGGAUCGGUUUCUGAAUCUCUUUUCAAUGACAAUGCAUGGAUCUCAAAGUUUAUGCGAUAUAAUGCCAUGAUGAAAAAGAAAAGAUUGGCAGAAGAUGUAUCUGAAAUAUUAUUUACUUUGGAUCGCACAUACAUAUUCGAAAUCCGGAUUGUAGGGGAAAACCGAACUGGCUACCGGACUGUUUUUGUGUAA